CUUUUAUCUGUCUUCGGCCUACCAUAGUGCUGCUAUAAAUUUUCACCAAAAGUAAAGGUUUAAUUAAAGUAGGGUUUUUCAGUUCACAUCUGCAUCACCAAGACGCCGUUUCUCCUCGCAGAGUGAAGGAAGGAAAUAUGUCUCACAGGAAGUUUGAGCACCCAAGGCAUGGUUCACUCGGGUUUCUUCCGAGGAAGCGAGCUGCCCGACAUAGAGGAAAGGUGAAGGCAUUCCCUAAGGAUGAUCCCACUAAGCCCUGUAGGCUAACUGCUUUUUUGGGUUACAAGGCCGGCAUGACUCACAUUGUCAGAGAAGUCGAGAAACCUGGAUCAAAACUUCACAAGAAAGAGACUUGUGAAGCUGUAACCAUAAUUGAAACACCUCCAAUGGUUAUUGUUGGAGUGGUAGGCUAUGUGAAGACACCUCGUGGUCUUCGCUGCCUUAACACUGUUUGGGCUCAGCACCUGAGCGAGGAGAUAAAGAGGAGGUUUUACAAGAACUGGUGCAAGUCUAAGAAGAAGGCCUUCACGAAGUAUUCAAAGAAACUGGAGACCGAUGAGGGGAAAAAAGAUAUCCAAUCGCAGCUAGAGAAGAUGAAGAAAUAUGCAUCUGUUAUUCGUGUUUUGGCUCACACUCAGAUAAGGAAGAUGAAGGGGCUGAAACAGAAGAAGGCACAUUUGAUGGAGAUACAGGUUAAUGGUGGGACUAUUGCACAGAAGGUUGACUUUGCAUAUGGUUUCUUUGAGAAGCAGGUCCCUGUGGAUGCUGUUUUCCAGAAAGAUGAGAUGAUUGAUAUUAUUGGUGUGACAAAGGGUAAAGGUUAUGAAGGUGUUGUAACCCGUUGGGGUGUCACCCGUCUUCCUCGCAAAACCCACAGGGGUCUCCGCAAGGUUGCUUGUAUUGGGGCAUGGCACCCUGCUCGAGUUUCCUUCACCGUUGCCAGGGCUGGUCAGAAUGGAUACCAUCACCGGACUGAAAUGAACAAAAAGAUCUACAGGCUUGGCAAGACAGGGGAUGAGACACAUACUGCCAGUACUGAGUUUGACAGGACUGAGAAAGAUGUUACGCCUAUGGGUGGAUUUCCUCACUAUGGAUUGGUUAAGGAUGAUUUUCUGAUGAUCAAGGGUUGCUGUGUUGGUCCUAAGAAAAGGGUUGUUACUCUUCGUCAGUCUCUCCUCAACCAGACCUCUCGCCUUGCCCUUGAAGAAAUUAAGCUCAAGUUCAUUGACACUUCCUCUAAGUUUGGACAUGGACGCUUCCAGACAACAGAGGAGAAGCAGAAGUUUUAUGGUCGUCUCAAGGCCUAGUUAUUCUAGCAUCAGAAGAAUUUAUGAUAAACUUUGAAUUAUUCCAGUUUUGAAUUUGAGUUGAUUAUGAAAUAUCUGAAUUUCUUUUUCUGAACCUCAGCACUUGUGGUGCAAAACUUAUCGAUUGUAAGUUUUGAAAGUUUGCUGAAUUUUGUCGCUAGUUCUUCA